AUGUCCAUUAUGCACUCUUCCGGUUGCCCAUAUAAGGAAGACGCUGUUUUAGCGCAGCUGAUUCAUUACGGAGGCAAGCAAUCGGUAUUUACAUUUAAAAGCGGGUAGAUCGCUGAGAGGGUGAGAGUCCAGGCUGAUUUCUCUGCAGGUAUGGUUAACAUGAAGUGUGCGCUGGGUUGAGAAUUAUUUCUGAUGGCUCCAUUUUAUUGCAGGAAACCUCCUCUUGGAGAGGAUAUACAGAGUUCUGCUAGCUUUUAGCGAAGCCAUUGGGGCCCAAAAUGUCUGCGGACGUCGCGAACCUCCAGGCGCAGGUGGAGACGGUGCUGAGGGCGCUGGUCAAGGCGGCGUCGGUGGAGUUGCUCAAACUGUUUGAGAGCAGAUACCGAGCGGAGCCUGUGGCCGCGGGCCGCGCGGAGGAAGAGGAGCGGAGCGGAAGCGUGGAGUCGCUGUGCGCCGUGUGGACCGGGGGCAGCAAGCGAAGCAUCGGCGUGCAAGUGGAGGAGGACAUCAAGACGACCGUGGAGCUCGACUCUUCCCUUCUGCUUGGUGCGAGUUGCUUGUGGGAGUCCAAUAAUGUGGAAGUGGAGGAUGGCCUGGUUCCGUCCGAAGUCCUUCUGGCUGAAGACACUGACCCUCAUUGGGCACCUCGGGAGGAUCAGAUUAAAGCAGAUUCCAUGGAUGCGUUGGAGCUGAGCAGCCUGGAGCUCGACUCUCUCGCUGAUGAUGACGCUCAACUUAAGGAUAUUUUGCCUGGCGAAGGUUCUGGAACAAUGCAAUGUGGAUCUACCCAGAUAUCACCCGCGAAGCAGAAGCCUCUUCUGAUUCAAUCAGAUACGAGAAAAAAGGCUUUUGGGGAGACGGUGAAGUUUGUUUGCCCCUUAAUCAUUACGCCAGACUCUUCGGCUCCUAAAGCUGAGAGUUUGGAGGACCCCGUUCAAGCUGAGCCCCAGCAAGCCAGUGUGAGCACGGCCAAGGGGACCGCCUAUAGCCCGUCGCCGUCCGACGGGGCCGUGACCCCAGCGCAGGUCGGAGUGUGGGAGCGGAUCCACUCGCCGAAAGACUCCAAGAACCAUCUGCAGAUGAAAUUGAAGCUCACCUCUCCAGAUCAAAAGUUGCUUCUUCCCUGCGAGGUACAGCUGGUCAACAUGCUCACAAUACCAGAGUUGAAGACCGAGGGCGACGCCGCCGCGAAAACUCUCAACGCAAACAACAAAUCCGGCAGGACUAUCCCCAAAGACCUGCGUCGGCACCAAGGUCCCCACACUGGCCAUCGCCUCUGCUGCUUCACAAGGUGCGACAAUGACGUCUGGCGCCUCCAGAACAUCGUCACACACUCCCGCGAUGGAUACGUCUGCGGCAACUGCGGGAAGGCCUUCAAGCGCCGCAAGAUCCUCCGGCGGCACGAGCGUUUCCACACCGGGGAGAAGCCGUAUGCGUGCGCCAAGUGCUCCAAGACGUUCGCGCUGAGGAAGAGCCUCCGCCGCCACCUGAGGUUUCACACGGGCGAGAGGCCGCACACCUGCCCGGAGUGCGGGAAAAGCUUCCGGCUGCGGGACAACCUGAAGGCGCACCUGCGGUUUCACAGCGGAGAGAAGCCUUUUAGCUGCACCACCUGCGGGAAGACGUUCCGGAUCAUGAGGAAUAUGGAGAAACACAAACUGAGCCAGUGCGAUUUCUUUGUGCCCUCUUUCAGGAAGAUCGCUGGCUUGUCGCUGUGAAGGGAACAGCGUCAUGCGCCAUUGUCUACCUCAGACUUCUAACACUGGACUGCUCAUGGAGAUCGCCGUCCUCUAAAGCAGAAGAAAAGACACUUUACGUCAAAGGUCUCAAACUGUAUUCUCAAGGUCUGGUGUCCUGCAACUGAUAGACACAUCUGUUGUCCUACACACUUCAGAGGUGAAACUGUGUCACUAACAUUCAGUCCAGCUCCACAGAGCUCUGCUAAUGAACUAACUUUGGAACCAGGUGUGCUGAAUGCAAAGAGACACCUUAAAGUUGCAGGACACGGGCUUUGAACACUGUAGUGUGAGACCUCUGCUUUAAGCUGUAUCUAAUCCAUAUCAGCUCCUGAUAUUUCGUUUCUGCUGUAGUGACACCAAUACUGGUGUCAAGGGGUCAUUUCUUGUUUGAACCCAGAUGAAUGUGGUUUUCUACUUUUUACUCGUUUCUCCUCUUGGAUUUGUCCGGUCAUUGAGUUUCAGCUCUGGGGCGAGGAAGAGUAAAUCAGAUCAACUCUUAACGCCCAGCAAAUGCGAUUGAAUCUGUGAAUGUUCCCGACGUGACGCGAACAUAGCUCGGCUUUUUGAAACCGACUAAUUCCAAAAAGCUUUAUAUAACCUUUGACCCUUUCACAGAAGAUUUUAUGCUAGAGCAUUGUGAGAGCGUCUCUGUGUGUUUUCUGAGAGGACUCUGAGCUGGACGGUGUGGUCGUGAUUGACUCGGGUAAUGGUUAGCUCUCUUGUGGGUUUGACGUUGCAACGGCAUUAGUCAGCCUCCCAACGGUUUUAAGAGAAAAUGCGCCGGGACUUUGAGACACAUCCUUUGUCGCCCAUUGGACAGGGUUUGCCAACACAGAACAGCUCACAGGACUUUGUGAAGAAGCUGUGGAGUGUUUUGUGGCGCGUUUUUACCCUUUAAAACAUAAGAUAUCCGACACUAAUUUCAUUCAUUUCUUUAUGGCCCCACAAAGUUCCACUCCAGGCCCUCUUUGGGUUCACAAUGCCACUUUUAUUGGUGCUUUCUCAAUCAUACCAGGCAGCUAAAGAGGUUCUGUUUGUGGUAAUACGAGUAUGGAAGAGGCUCUGACUUGUUAUGAAUCAGAUGGAUUACCUUUGUGUUUUCUGAAUGUAGAUUUCUUACAAUUCGCCGACAUUCUCGUUUUUGCCAAAUGGCCAUUCCUCUCUUUAAACUUACAUUUGCUUUCAGUUUUGUGUCACAACACUGAAAGCAAAUCUUUCACUUGAUUUCCUUCCAGGAAAAUAUCUUUGCAUUUGUUUCUUGGUCCAAAUUUUACACCCAACUGAAACGGUCACCAUCUUUGGCCACAUGAUGAAUAUCCUUCUUUGAUGGCAUUUCAGAUUAUAUUUUUAAGCUUAUGGUUUCUCACAAUCGGACAGGGGCAGCAGGUUUCUAUGGAUUCUGCAGACUCACUUGCAGUUUUAGACGGGUUCUUAUGGUUGUUCUAGUUCCUGUUUUUGCUUUUGCUUUGUAAAAACUGAACCGAUCCAUUUUGAGUUUUUUUUUGUUUGUUUUUUUGACGUGUGGUUUUUGUUCCCUAUAACAAACCAGGCUGAUGACCAUCCUAUUAAAGGUUAUGUCAUCGUUUUCCUUACUUUAUUUCUUCUUACUACCACUGACUCCCUGAUUCCAGCUGCUGAUCACUUUGCUCCUGUGUGUCCUCGACUUUUCCAGGUAUUAAAUGGAGCCAUCUGCCACAUGACUGUUUAUAUGAACUGUAGUGGUUACUGUGAUCAUUUUUGUUGAUUUUUUUAUUUUUAUUUUUUUUUGCUUGUUUGUUUUUUAUUAACCGGUCAUGAGUCUUUCAGAUUUUAUGAGUUUAGCGGUGGAAACAGAUCCGAACCAAAGUAAAUAGAAAUUAUGUCAAAUACAAAGCUUUAAGAAAAUAGUACAGUUCUAUUGUGUAUGACAGUUUAUUGUUGAUAUGAACAUGUAUUUCCAUAAAUCAUUAAAAAUAGGCAAUCACAUAGAAAAACCUAUUGAAUGAAAAAGUCUUAAGUUUAUGUGAAAGGGAGGAAACUGUAACAUGUGGAUAUGAAAGUAAAGUUACUAUGUGAACAAAGUUAGUAAAUGAAGAGUUUUUUAAAAAUGCCAUAUUGCCCACUUUAGAUGUUUACGUAAAGCAGAAAAUACUGAGGCUGGAAGUGGAAAUCAGUGUUAUGUCUGUUGCACGAGGAACUCUGCGCCUGGAGAACAAACCAGCAAGGGUUUCUGGGUAACGGGACCAAACAGUUUCUGAGAUGCUAAACUUUAUGUGUACACCUCUGUAAGUUUUUUGUUGUUGUUGUUGUUUUUAUUUUUUACUGUUUUUUAACUUUUCAUUUAUGGGUUUUUGUAUUUGCUUAAAGAUUACUGAAUGUAUAUACUCAUUUUGUCAGGCUGGUUAGUUUCUAAAGCCAGUUCCAGAGAUGAGGGACUGAACCAUCACCAUUACGGUCCUUCAGACGUUGCUCAAGGAUUCAGUCCAAGCUGCAGGUUUAAGAAGUUAAAAUAUGGGAUUUGGUUGCAAUAUGAACUACUCCAGUGAAUGUUCAUCUCUGAAGAUGUUCUUCAAAACAUCUCAUUUAUGGUGUUGGAUUUAGUCGGAUCAGAAAAACUUGGUAAUCUUAACAUUCUAAGUUGUGUUGUUGUGAGAUUAUAACGUCGUGUCUGAACGGCCUUGAUGAGCUGUCAAGCUUGCUUUUUAAUGGGUUUUAAUUCUAAACACAUCUAAAUCUAAACGAAUGAUGUAUCUAACCUUAUAGGUGCUUUGCAAAGACUUUUUUCAAAAGUUUUUAUGGUUCUCAAGAUGUAUACUUUCUAUUGACAAAUGCCUGUUUUUCAUCUUUUUUAACUGCUGUUGGUAAAUAAAUUGUUUGUGUCAAACG